CUAGAACAACGCCGGAUACAAGCUUUCGCAAAAUUUGGCUUGACCGAACUCCUUCGGUAGCACCUAAAUUAUUUUCUUACUGAAUUUAGACAGUGGGUGCUAGACUAAAUGCGUACCUUGUAGACAGGAGGAGGCGCAGCAGUGACGUUGUUGAGGCACGGCUGGCGUGCACGUCAGCUUGUGUCGGCCCGUAGAGUGAGGAGCUAUGCCCAGCAGGUCAAGGUCGCCGCGCAGACGGUCUCCUUCGCCUCCCAGGCGGCGGCGAGACUCUCCAGAUUACCAGCGAGGACCAUCUUCCGGGCGCGACGAGCGUGACCGCGACCGCGAGAGGGACCGUGAAGGCUUGGCAGGCCGGGAUCGCGAACGGGAACGGGAACGGGAGCGUGAGCGGGACGGUGCAGGGCCCAGCGGGCGCCCCGACUACGACCGGGGUCGCCGGUCGCCCAGCCCCCGCCGUGAACGCGAGCGCUCCCGCAGCCCACGCGGGCGCGACAACUAUCCGCCGCCCCCACCUCGUAGCGGGGCAGAUGAGGACCGCGCACGCAUGCCGCCGCCGCCACCUCCGCCCUUCUUCAACGGCGGUGACCGUGGCCGCGGCUUCGGCGGGGGCGGCGGCGACGGUGGCUUUGGGGGCGGCCGUGGCGGCUACGGCGGUGGCGGUGGCGGCGGCUACGGCGGUGGUGGCGGCUAUGGUGGUGGUGGCGGUGGCCGGGACGGGAGAGACCUGCCGGCGGCUUUCGGGCGCAACCCCGACUUCGGGGCGGGCGGCGGCGAUGGCGACGUGAGCGAUGAGGACAUUCGUGCCAAGGCUAUGGGCAACUUCCAGGAGUACCGGCGGCUGAAGCGCGCCAAGAUGGCGGAGCGCAAUGUGAAGCCUUUCUGGAGGGCCACACCCAGUCCACCAGAGGGCACAAACGCCAAGUUUGACAUCCCGAAGGACUAUGUGCUGCUGCUGGGUGCGGCCGCGGUGCAGACCCACACCGGGCACCACCACCACCAUCACCAUCACCACGGCGACAAGGACAAAGAAAAGGAGAAGGAGAAAGAAAAGGAGGAGGAGAAGAAGCCCAGAACCAAGCCGCCGCCGCCCAACCCAGUAUCCGGCGCUGCAGCAGCUCUGGCCGCUGCCUCUGAGCCGCCCUCGCACAAGGGGCUGUUGGAGGUGGACCAGGAGGAGGCCGACCUGCUCAAGCAGUGGCUGGCGGUGCAGCAGGAGCUGGCGGCAGAGGAGGAGCGGCAACGGCGGGACGCGCUGUCGGCGGCGGGCGAGGGCGAGGAGGACGUGGGGCCGGCGCUGCCGGACUCGCAGCGCGGAGGGCCGGGAGGCGCGGGCGGCAAUUUCGGCGGCUUCCUGCGGCCGGGCGAGGGCGAGCGCAUGGCCGCCUACGUGGCGAGCGGCAAGCGUAUUCCCCGCCGUGGUGAGGUGGGCCUGAGCAGCGACCAGAUCGAGAAGUUCGAGACCCUGGGCUACAUCAUGAGCGGCUCGCGCCACAGCCGCAUGAACGCCAUCCGCAUGCGCAAGGAGAACCAGAUCUACACGGCCGAGGAGAAGGCGGCGCUGGCCAUGUUCAACUACGAGGAGAACAAGCGCAAGGAGGCCAAGGUGCUGGAGGACAUGAAGGCACUGGUCAACCGCACCCUGACGGUGCACGGAACCGAGGACGCAGACAUGGCCGGACCGCCGCCGCCCACAUAAGCUUCGGGACCGGCACCGAUUCGGGUUUAUUUUCUCAAUUCUCGACCACUAGGACUUAUAAGGGCUUGGAAAUGCCUAUUGAAUUCAAAUAGGCGGCAGGGAAAACUCGGCCGGAGCGAGAGGCGACUUCGCAAGUCCAUGGAUGAACUGACUUUCGUCAGUCCGCGAGUAUAGCUCUCGUGCCCUAAUUUCUUACAACCAUGUAUCAAACAUGUCGACAUCAAGCGUCUUGGGGGCAAGAAUGUCAAAAUUGUGUGCAACAGCCAAACCAUGCGUCCCCGAGCCCCGCUUACAUGUGUCGCGGCCCGGGGUCCCGCCGGCUAGCCGUUUGCGGUGCUUGCGUGGGAUGUGGAUGAGGUGCAUCUAGGGUAUCAUAUACCGUGGAGUGGCGUGGGCAAGGUGGCGUGGCGGGGACAGGGCAUGUCGGUGCCUCGGCACGGCGUUGGCAUAGUGGCCAAUCCCGCUGGCUGGGCUUGCAAGGGUGCUGUUCAUGUCGCCCGCACAUCCCUUGCGCUACAUGGGGCUCAGCCCGUUUUCCAGCUGUACAAAGCUGACACCCCUUGUCAGCCCGUGCACGUGCCCGACCCCUGCGCACGGGCUUCUGGUGACCCGCAUCGUGUAAUCAAGGUUGCUGCGCUUUCCCCGGCUCGCGCAUGCAAAUCGAGGCCCGCAUCCGGAAGUGUAAAU